AUGACCUCCUCGCUCUCCCAGAGAGAGUCACUGCGUGGUCAGACUGGAUCAGGCCGUGAGGAUGCUGGGCGGAGGAUGGUGGGGAUGUCCACACCUCUUUCAUUAGCCCUCACUCCGGUGGACACAGAGCUGCUGAGAUCCAGGCUUGUUUCAGCAGGACCCAGCAGUGUCCAGCGAAACCCAGAUGCCCUGGUGUUCACUCACAGCACCAAGGCUCAGGAGAGACGGCGGACCACUCAAAGGCCUGCCCAGCUGGAGAUACUGCCGGCACUGAAGCAGUAUCAGGAGCGUAACCAGCCUGAGUUCAUCCACAGGAAGAACAGAGAGAGGCUUAUUAGUGCUGGCUGGAAGCCCCCUUCCCCCUCCUCUGCUGGCAUAGAGAGAUCGGACCCCUCCUCGGAGAGACGGCCAUCCACUCUACAGUUACCGCAGAUACCUGACCACCUAAAAGAAAGACAGGUGCAGCUGACUCAGAGCAUGCUCAGCUCUGCCCCUCCACCCAAAAGACCAAAGAGUUCCCCUAAACAACGCAUCACCACCUUGGCACCCAUUAGCCACACCCCCUCUCCACCGCUGACCAAUCCGCAGCUCUUCAGCUCAGUAGAGGAAGUGAUCCGUGCUCAAAUACGCUCCCCUUCUGAAAUCGCGCAUGUCAUCCGGAGCAACCCGGACCUGGGUUUCCUCUACAUGACAUCAGCAGCCCCCAAAUCAUCCAUCAAAUAUGAUCCAUACAAACUCAAGAUUGUGACAUAUGAAAAAAUCAACAAGUCGGACUACUACACGAUCAGCGCUCAGGGGGUGACGCACUACUGUGAGGGCCAAGUGGACUUCCUGCCCCUGGCGCGCUGGGAGCAAGAGUUCCGUUACCACCGGCGGCUCCUGCGCAUCCCAGUCUUUGCCCUCUUCCGCAAGUGGAAGGCCUUUCGUGUGUGGCGCACCAACGUGCGCUCCAAAGCCAUCAGCAAGUGCAAACGCUCGCUGCAGGAGCGCCUCUUCAUCGUCAACGAGUCUCUGCGACCGGCGCUGAUUGACAUCAGAGAGAUGUGUUAUCGCAUCAGUGACAUGGGCCUGUGCAGAAUAGAGAAGGAUCACACCUACAGACUGCAGGACUUUCAGACUGCCCAGUACAUUCAACUCCAAGAGGUGUCCUCUCGUCUAGAGGAAUUUAGGGAGCUGGUAAAGGAGGUAGCAGGGGCCGCCUGUCGCACAGCCAUGCUGGAGGCUGGAUACACACCUGAUUACGGCAACUCUGAGACUGAUGGGGGUGAAAGUAAACCCUGUGCUGAUUUGGAGCUGUUGUAUGAAGAGGCUUCAGAGAAGAUGAGCUACACAGAGCAGGCCAACAAGAGAUACCACUGCAGUCGCCUCACAUGUUUUAUCCGCCUGGCUGAUUACCUGAUAUUGAACACCAUGCAUGUGCUGGUUGUCAACUCCGUCAGCAAACUGCUGAGUGUGCUUCAGGACCAGAACACGCACACACCCUCACACUCACUCAUGCAAAGCUGGGCCAGCGGAGAGGCUGACAAUCAAAACCAGAGGAAGAACAGUGUAGCAGAACAGAUCACAGAUGCUUCACUUCUGCCAAUGUUCAUCACAGAGCUGAUGCUGGAAACUCACAUGCUGUCCUUCCAGCCUUCCAUCGAUGACUUCCAGGAGUGCUCAGCGGAGAUCAUCUCCCGCUUCCAGGAGACAGUGCUGUCUUUGGAGCCUCUGGUGCCUGACUCUUACUUUCACGCCUUCACUCAACCCAUCAUUAACAACAAGAUGGAGGAGAAGAUGUGCGGUGAUGGUCCAAGCUUAGAAGCCACUCUUGAAGCUGACCAGCACCUGCAGGGCAUCAUCCAAAGCAUCAAGGAUUCUGUUCAGUUUGCGUUUGAUGCUGCGAACACGUACGCCCGUACGUUUGAGCCUUUCCGUCUCUUCUACAAGCAGAAUGAAAGCCUGGAUCUGAACGCUCUUAAAGAGCAAGAACAUGAAGUGGGCUUUUUCGAGCAAAGUCUGGAGAAGUAUCACCAGCAGCAUAAGGAGGCUCUGGCCAUCAUGCCAAAGAGACACUUGGGGAUGCUCCUGGUGGACACCUCACAGCUAAAGAGCAAACUGACCCCAUCCCCACUGCGCUGCCUAGAGGCCAUUAAUGACAUGCUGCCUCUGCUGGCCAAGAAAAAGAUGGACGCCAUCAUCGCUGAGGCACAGGAUGCCCAGUUCAAACUGGAAGUCAUUCCCACGGUGACCACUGAGUAUGUCAACUCCCUCACCUUCCUAGAGGAGAUCCAGGAGCGGAUUGAAGUGCUGGACGAGCAGAUGGAGACAGUGUGUCAGAUGUAUAAGCUGAUUGACAGCUACUCUGUGCCGACCCCACCAGAAGACUUUGCCGUGUUCGCCACUUUGCGUCCGUCGGUAACGGCUGUGAAGAACGCCAUCGAUAAAGCGUUAGGAGAGAAAGACGCAAACGUUGGCAAAUUCUGUCAGCACCUGCAGCAAGACAUCACUGAACUCAACAAGGAGGUGAAGAGGGUCAAACAGCAAGCAGAGAACAGGCAGAUCCUGGACAUCAGUGCUGAUCGGGGUAAAGUGCGUAUGGUGCUGGGAGAAAUCCAGAUCUCCAUAGACGAACUGCAAGCACAAGCCUUCAGCUACAAAUCCUACCAGAAACAGUUUAAGGUGGAGGUGACGAAGUAUGAGUCUCUGGAGGAGCUGAGUGCUGAGGUGAAACUGAAACAUUUGCUGUGGGAUGCACUGGAGGAGUGGACCAGCCUGCAGAACACCUGGAUGCAGAGUAAGUUUGAUGAGCUGGACCCGGAGCUGCUGAGUGCUCAGGUGAAUAAAUAUGGAAAGUAUGUGAACCAGCUGGAGAAAGGUCUUCCACCCAACAGCGUCGUACCUCACCUUAAGGCCGGUGUGGACUCCAUGAGGGAGAAGCUGCCGGUGAUCAGCGAUCUGCGUAAUCCAUGUCUGAAAGCUCGGCACUGGGAGAUGUUGGAGGGCAUUGUGGGCUCCAGUCUGCUGGAGGAGCCUCUGACACUGUACGCCCUUCAGGAACUCGACAUCUUCACCUACAGCCAGGAGAUCCAGGAGGUAUCAGGCCAGGCAUCAGGAGAGGCUGCUCUGGAGGCAGUUCUGAAAAAGGUGGAGGACUCAUGGAAGACGACUGAGUUUGUGGUGCUGUCUCAUCGUGACUCUAAAGACGUGUUCAUUCUUGGAGGAACUGACGAAAUCCAGGUGCUGUUGGAUGACAGUUCCAUCAACAUGGCCACGGUGGCAUCCUCCCGCUACGUGGGUCCCAUCAAGGCCAGAGUAGAUGAGUGGCAGAGGCUGCUUGCCCUGUUCAGCCAGACCCUGGACGAGUGGCUGACGUGUCAGAGGAACUGGCUGUAUUUGGAGAGCAUAUUCAGUGCUCCUGAUAUUCAGAGGCAGCUUCCUGAAGAGGCUAAGAUGUUCCUGCAGGUGGAUAAAUCCUGGAAGGAGAUUAUGAGGAAGGUCAACCGUCUGCCCAAUGCCCUACGUGCCGCCACACAGCCAGGGCUUCUGGAGAUCUUCCAGAACAAUAAUGCUCUACUGGACCAGAUUCAGAAAUGCCUGGAGGCCUACCUGGAGUCUAAGAGAGUCGUCUUCCCCAGGUUCUACUUUCUGUCUAACGAUGAGCUGCUAGAGAUCCUGGCGCAGACGCGGAACCCUCAGGCCGUGCAGCCACAUCUGAGGAAGUGUUUUGAUGCGAUCUCCCGUCUGGAGUUCGCCGUGCUGCCCCCUGCCACGCCUGCUGAGGCCGAAGGAGAGAAGCACUACAGCAACGACAUCCUGGCCAUGAUCUCACCUGAGGGAGAGAAGGUGAUGCUGGGGAAGGGGCUGAAGGCGCGUGGUAAUGUGGAGGAUUGGUUGGGAAAAGUGGAAGAAGCCAUGUUUUCCUCUCUCAGACGUCUCAGCAAAGCCGCCAUCUCCGACUACCAGAGCAAACCGCGGGUGGAGUGGGUAGUGGCUGGACACCCCUCACAGGUGGUGCUGACCAUCUCCCAGCUGAUGUGGUGCAGGGACAUGGAUAACUGUCUGGAGGGAGACCAUGACCACUUUCAGGCCCUGCAGCAGUUUGAGCUCACCAAUUUCGAGAGGCUGAACGCUCUGGCUGCUCUGGUGCGGGGAAAUUUACCAAAAAUUCAUCGGAACAUCAUCACAGCGCUCAUCACUGUGGAUGUCCACGCACGAGACAUCGUCACUGAGCUGGUCAAAGAGGGGGUCGACUCGAGCAGUAACUUUGAGUGGCAGAGGCAGCUGCGCUACUACUGGGAUGUGGAUCUGGAUAACUGUGUGGCUCGCAUGGCUCUGUCUCAGUACAUCUACGGAUACGAAUACCUGGGAGCCUGUCCACGCCUGGUCAUCACCCCACUCACGGACCGUUGCUACCUGUGUCUCAUGGGGGCAUUACAGCUGGACCUGGGUGGAGCUCCUGCAGGUCCUGCUGGUACAGGAAAGACUGAGACCACUAAAGACCUGGCCAAAGCCCUGGCAAUCCAGUGUGUGGUCUUCAACUGCUCUGAUGGACUUGACUACAAGAUGAUGGGGACAUUCUUCAGUGGCCUUGCUCAGUCCGGAGCCUGGUGUUGUUUCGAUGAGUUCAACCGCAUCAACAUCGAGGUGCUGUCUGUCAUUGCCCAACAGCUCAUAACCAUCCGGAACGCCAAGGCAGCCAAGCUGUCUCGGUUCAUGUUCGAGGGCAGAGAGAUUAAGCUGGUGAUGACGUGUGCGGCCUUCAUCACUAUGAAUCCAGGCUAUGCAGGCAGGACUGAACUUCCAGACAACUUGAAAGCUCUGUUCAGACCCAUCGCCAUGAUGGUGCCCAACUACGCCCUCAUUGCUGAGGUCAUCUUAUAUUCGGAAGGCUUUGAGUCCAGUAAGACUCUGGCGAGGAAGAUGACUCAGAUGUAUAAACUGUGCAGUGAACAGCUCUCCCAGCAGGACCACUACGAUUUUGGCAUGAGGGCUGUCAAAUCCGUUCUCGUCAUGGCCGGUUCUCUGAAGCGAGAGAAUCCACACCUGAGUGAGGACGUGGUGCUGAUCAGAGCGCUGCGAGACUCCAACCUGCCCAAGUUCCUCACUGACGAUGCUGUGCUUUUUGGGGGUAUCCUAUCUGAUCUUUUCCCUGGAGUGACCAUUCCUGAGCACGAUUAUGGUGUUCUACAGUCCACCAUCCAUGCUGCACUUUGUGCCCGCUCCCUUCAGCCUCUGCCCAGUAUGAUUGGUAAAGUAAUCCAGCUGUACGAGACCAUGUUAGUACGUCACGGCGUCAUGCUGGUGGGCCCCACUGGAGGUGGAAAGACCACCGUAUACCGGGUCCUGGCUGACGCCCUGCAGGCCCUCUAUGAAGCUGGUCACAAAAACCCCUUCUACCUGCCCGUAAAGACCUAUGUGCUCAACCCCAAGUCCGUCAGCAUGGGGGAGCUGUAUGGGGAGGUGAACCCACUGACUCUUGAGUGGAGGGACGGACUGAUGGCCCUUUGCGUGAGGGCGGGGGUCAAUGACCCCAGUGAUGACCACAAGUGGGUGAUCAGUGAUGGGCCAGUGGACGCGCUGUGGAUCGAGAACAUGAACACGGUGCUGGAUGAUAAUAAGAUGCUGUGCCUGGCCAACAGUGAGAGGAUCAAGCUCACGCCCUCCAUCCACAUGAUGUUUGAGGUUCAGGAUCUAGCUGUAGCCUCUCCAGCUACAGUCAGUCGUUGUGGGAUGGUGUAUAUAGACUCUGAGGAGCUGAAGUGGAUGCCAUACGUGCAGACAUGGCUAACAGGCCUCUCAGAGAAGAUCACAGAGCCCAUGCGUGUGUACCUGAUGCAGCUGUUUGAGCAGUACGUAGAGAAGGGUCUCCAGUUCGUGUCUAAGCGCUGUGUGCAGGCCAUGGCUCAGGUGGACAUCAGCAAAGUCACCACCCUCUGCUGCCUGCUGGAGGCGCUGCUGUUCAGCGAGGGCUCUCCUAGCCUUAAAAUGGACUCCAGCAGGCUGAACAGUGUGCUCUGCCAGACGUUCGUCUUCUGCUACCUGUGGGCGGUGGGGGGCAAUCUGACAGACAGCUGCUGGGACGCCUUCGACACCUUCGUCAGGCAGCAGUUUGAGGACAACAAUGAUGCAAAGUUACCUAGUGGAGGAGACCUGUGGAGCGUGUAUAUGGAUUUUGAGAACAAGCGUCUGGAGCCGUGGGAGAAAAUCAUUCCGUACUUUAAAUACAAUAGAGAGACGCCCUUCUUUGAGAUGCUGGUGCCCACCACAGACACGGUGCGCUACGGCUACCUGAUGGACAAACUGCUGUCAGUCAGACACUCUGUCCUUUUCACCGGCAUCACAGGAGUGGGCAAGUCUGUCGUGGCUCGUGGCUUGUUGAACAGCAUUCAGGAGCAGGCGGGCUACGUUCCCGUUUACAUCAACUUUUCAGCACAAACCUCUUCAGCUAGAACACAGGAGAUCAUCGAGUCCAAACUGGAGAAGAAGAGGAAGAACAUACUGGGUGCUCCUGCUAAUAAGAAGGUGGUGGUGUUUGUGGAUGAUCUGAACAUGCCAAAGUUGGACAGUUACGGCUCGCAGCCCCCAAUAGAGCUACUGCGCCAGUUCCAGGACUUUCAGGGCUUCUACGAUCGCGAGAAGUUCUUCUGGAAGGAGAUACAGGACAUGACUAUAGCAGCAGCAUGUGCGCCUCCUGGUGGAGGUCGUAAUCCGGUGACCCCACGCUUCAUCCGCCACUUCAGCAUGCUCUGCCUGCCCACGCCCUCCGAGCACAGCCUCAAACAGAUCUUUAAGGCUAUUUUGAGUGGUUUUCUGAGUGAUUUCCCAGCUGCAGUGAAACAGGCUGCGGGCAGCAUAGUUGACGCUGCAGUAGAGAUCUAUCACCGCAUGAGUGUUGACCUGCUCCCCACUCCAGCCAAAUCCCACUACGUCUUCAACCUCCGAGACCUGUCCAAGUGUGUGCAAGGCAUGUUGCAGUGUGAGCCCGGCACUGUGCCGGACCAGAACCAGAUCUUCCGUCUCUUUUGUCACGAGUGCCAGCGUGUGUUCCACGACCGACUCAUCAACAACGAGGACAAGACCUACUUCAACACCAUGCUGUCUGAAAUGGCCAGUAAACAUUUCAGCAUCAGUUUGGAGCCCAGUUACUUUGCCAAGCAGCCCAUCAUCUUUGGAGACUUCAUCAAGGUGGGAUCAGAUAAGGCAGACCGUGUCUAUGAGGACCUGAUGGAUAUGGAGAGGAUCCGGAAUGUUCUGCAGGAUUACCUGGAUGACUACAACAUGACCUUCGCCAAAGAAACCAAGCUUGUCUUCUUCCAGGAUGCCAUUGAACAUGUCUCCAGGAUUGCCCGUAUGAUUCGACAAGAGCGCGGCAAUGCCCUCCUGGUGGGCGUGGGUGGCACUGGGAAGCAAUCUCUCACACGACUGGCUGCACACAUGUGCGGCUACCGCUGCUUCCAGAUUGAGCUGAGUCGAGGCUACAACUAUGACAGUUUCCAUGACGACCUGCGGAAACUUUACAAGAUGGCAGGCGUGGAGGGCCAGGAUAUGGUCUUCCUCUUCACUGACACUCAGAUUGUGGUCGAGGAGUUUCUGGAGGACAUUAACAACAUGCUGAACUCUGGAGAGGUGCCCAGCCUGUUUGAGAAGGACGAGCUGGAGUAUGUUCUGGCCGCUACACGGCCCAAAGCCAAAGAGGCCGGCAUCGCCGAGGGCAACCGCGAUGAGGUCUUCCAGUACUUCAUCUCUCGUGUGCGGGAGAAGCUGCACAUUGUGUUGUGUAUGAGUCCAGUGGGCGAUGCCUUCAGGUCACGAUGCCGUAUGUUCCCUUCUUUGGUCAACUGUUGUACCAUCGACUGGUUUGUACAGUGGCCACAUGAGGCUCUUCUCUCAGUGUCCCAAACAUUUUUCCAGAAUGUGGAGUUUGGCAGUGAAAAGAUGAAGAGUUGUUUUUCCGAGAUGUGUGUGGAGAUCCACAUGAGUGUGACAGACAUGGCUGAACGUUUCUACUCAGAGCUCCGCCGUCGCUACUACACCACCCCAACCUCCUACCUGGAGCUGAUUAACCUCUACCUGAGCAUGCUGGGGCAGAAGAGACAGCAGCUAGAGGCGGCUCGUGAUCGAGUGAAAAAUGGACUGACUAAGUUGUUGGAGACCAAUGAGCUGGUGGAUAAGAUGAAGAUCGACCUUUCUGCUCUGGAGCCUGUGCUCAAACAGAAAUCCAUUGAUGUCAACGCUCUUAUGAAGAAACUUGCUGUCGACAAAGAAAAAGCUGACCAUGUGCGCAGGGUGGUGAAGGAGGAUGAGGCUCUGGCUAAGGUGAAAGCAGAGGAGACACAGGCCAUUGCAGAUGAUGCCCAGCGGGACUUGGACGAGGCCCUCCCAGCUUUGGAAAGUGCUAAUAAGGCACUGGAUGCACUAGACAAGGCCGACAUCUCUGAAAUCCGUGUUUUUACCAAGCCGCCUGACCUCGUCAUGACAGUCAUGGAGGCUGUGUGCAUCCUGCUGAACAGCAAGACUGACUGGGCCAGUGCCAAGCAGGUGCUAGGCGACUCCAACUUCCUGAGGAAGCUGACGGAGUAUGACAAGGAUAACAUCAGGCCUCAGAUCCUGCAGAAGCUGCAACGCUACAUCCAGAACCCAGACUUCGUUCCUGAGAAAGUGGAGAAGGUGUCCAAGGCCUGCAAGUCCAUGUGCAUGUGGGUGAGGGCCAUGGACCUCUACUCCAGAGUUCUCAAAGAAGUGGGACCCAAACGAGAGAAACUGGCUGCAGCUCAGGCGGAGCUGGAUGCUACCAUGGCGACUCUGCGGGAAAAGCAGGCAAAGCUGCAGGAGGUGGAGAAUCAGAUCAAAGUUCUGCAGGAACAGUUUGACUCCAGCCUGGCCGAGAAAGAGGAACUGGCUAAGACUAUGGCUCUGACGGAAGCUCGGCUGGGCCGUUCGGGGAAGCUGACCGCAGCUCUGGGGGACGAGCAGGUGCGCUGGCAGGAGAGCAUCACCCUGUUUGAGCAGGAAAUCAACAACGUCAUCGGAAACGUCUUCAUCGCUGCUGCCUGCGUGGCUUACUACGGAGCCUUCACCUCCCACUACAGACAGCUGCUGAUACAGAAGUGGAUUUCGCGCUGUCAGGAGCUGGGCAUCCCCAUCAGCGAUAACUUCAGUCUCAUUGGAAUCCUUGGGGACCCCUAUGAGAUCCGUCAGUGGAACGCAGAGGGUCUGCCCCGGGACACUGUCUCCACCGAGAACGGAAUCCUUGUGACCCGCGGCCGCCGCUGGCCACUCAUGAUCGACCCUCAGGAUCAGGCGAAUCGCUGGAUCCGAGCCAAAGAGACAAAGAACGGUCUGAAGGUCAUCAAGCUGACAGACGCAGGCUUCCUCCGCACCCUGGAGAACGCAAUACGCCUGGGCAUGCCUGUCCUACUGGAAGAGCUUAAAGAAACUCUGGACCCUGCUCUAGAGCCUGUUCUCCUAAAGCAGACGUUCGUAUCGGGCGGCAGAACGCUGAUCCGCCUGGGCGAUUCCGACAUUGACUACGACAAAAACUUCCGCUUCUACAUGACCACCAAGAUGGCCAACCCCCAUUACCUGCCUGAGGUGUGUAUCAAAGUGACCAUUAUCAACUUCACUGUGACCAAGUCUGGACUAGAAGACCAGCUUCUCAGUGAUGUGGUGCGUCUGGAGCGGCCGGAUUUGGAAGAACAGAGGAAUCAGCUGAUUGUGCGCAUCAACGCUGACCGUAACCAGCUGAAGGCCAUCGAGGAGCGCAUCCUCAAACUGCUCUUCACCUCAGAGGGCAACAUCCUGGACAACCAGGAGCUCGUCCAGACCCUGCAAGAAUCAAAGGUGACGUCGGAGGCUAUUAAGUCUCGUCUGGAGGAGGCGGAGGCCACGGAGCUGAUGAUAAACACAGCCAGAGAGAAGUACCGGCCCGUGGCCACACGUGGCUCCGUCAUGUACUUUGUUAUCGCCAGCCUGUCCGAGAUAGACCCCAUGUACCAGUUCUCCCUCAAGUAUUUCAAACAGUUGUUUAACAGCACUAUCGAGACAGCGGAGCAGAUGAGUGAUCUAAGCUUGAGGCUGCAGGUUCUGCUGGAUCAGACGCUCCUUAGUUCCUACACUAAUGUGUCCCGCGGCCUCUUUGAGCAGCAUAAGACCAUCUACAGCUUCAUGCUGUGUGUGGAGAUUAUGAUGCAGAGAGGAGAAAUCACCCAGCACGAGUGGCUCUACUUCCUCAGAGGAGCUGGAGGCAUGGACAAGGAGUUGUCAGAGAAGCCGAAUGUUCCGUGGCUGUCUGAUUUUGUGUGGGAGACGUGUUGUGAUCUAGAGAACAGACUGCCUUGCUUCAGAGGCAUUAAGAAAGACAUUGUAUCCACACCUAUUGCUGUUCAACUAGGGCGUCUGGAGGUGACUGUGAACCCAGAAGAGUGGGAGGGCUACAUGAAAGACCUCCCCCCAUACUCACAGGACAUGCCUGCCGACCAGCAGCCAGAUGUCAGAGGUCACUGGAAUGAGCGCCUCGGAGCCUUCCAGAAACUCAUCCUCAUCAAGAGCUUCAGUGAGGAGAAGGUUGUGUUUGCAGUGACGGAGUUUGUGAUAGUAAGUCUGGGGAAGCAGUUUGUGGAGAAUCCCCCAGUGGAUCUGGCAACCCUGUACACAGACAUGUCUCCCUCCACUCCGCUGGUGUUCAUCCUCAGCACCGGCUCUGACCCCAUGGGGGCUUUUCAGAGAUUCGCCAAGGAGAGGGGAUACUUUGGAGAGGCAAUGGAGUCUAUCUCUCUGGGCCAGGGUCAGGGUCCUAUAGCGGAGAAGAUGAUAGCGGAGGCUGUGAAGAACGGAAACUGGAUCUUUCUGCAGAACUGCCACCUUGCUGUCUCCUGGAUGCUCUCCAUGGAGGAAAUCAUCAAGACCUUCACCGAGCCUGACACUGUUAUCCAUGAGAACUUCAGACUGUUCCUCAGCUCAAUGCCCACCAGUGCGUUCCCUGUCACUGUGCUCCAAAACUCUGUUAAGGUGACUAAUGAGCCUCCCAAAGGGCUUCGUGCCAACGUGCGACGGGCCUUCACUGAGAUCAGCAGCACCUUCUUCGAGGAGCAUAUCCUGGGCAGGAAGUGGAGGAAGAUCAUCUUCGGAGUCUGCUUCUUCCACGCCAUCAUACAGGAGAGGAAGAAGUUUGGGCCUCUGGGCUGGAACAUUCGUUAUGAGUUCAAUGACAGUGACAGGGAGUGCGCUCUGCUCAACCUGAACCUGUACUGCCAGAGCGGUCACAUCCCCUGGGACGCUCUCAUCUACAUUACCGGGGAAAUUACAUAUGGAGGGAGAGUAACGGACGCGUGGGAUCAGCGCUGUUUGCGCACCAUCCUCAAAAGCUUCUUCUCGCCAGCAACUCUGGAGGAAGGCUACAAGUUCUCUGCAUCAGGGAUCUACUUUGCUCCUGAAUCUGACAGUCUAAAGGAAUAUAACAGCUACAUUGAAAAUCUGCCCAUCAUUGAUGACCCUGAAAUCUUUGGAAUGCAUGAGAACGCCAACCUGGCUUUUCAGAGACAGGAGACGCUGACUGUGAUUAACACCAUCCUGGAGGUGCAGCCGCGCUCCACGGCAGCUGGAGGGGGGAAGAGUAAUGACGAGGUGGUCCAUGAGCUUGCAGACUCCAUCCUGGCCAAGAUCCCUGAGAAGCUGGACAUGGACAGUGCGGCUGAGAGUCUGUUUGUGCGUGAUGCUAACGGCCGAGUGAACUCCCUGACCACUGUGCUGGGACAGGAGGUGGACCGUUUCAACAUCCUGCUGCGUAUACUAAGGGUCUCUCUUAGCACUCUGCAGAAGGCCAUAGCAGGGUUGGUGGUCAUGUCAGAGGAGAUGGAGAAGAUCUACGGCAGUUUUCUGAACAAUCAGGUUCCGGAGCACUGGGCCAGUUCAGCCUAUCCCUCACUGAAGCCCCUGGGCAGCUGGGUCAAAGACCUCGCCCUGCGCACUGCCUUCAUACAGAGCUGGGUAACGAGAGGGCAGCCCAAGUCUUUCUGGAUCUCUGGCUUCUUCUUCCCUCAAGGCUUCCUCACAGGCGCACUGCAGAACCAUGCACGCAAGUACAACCUGCCCAUAGACGAGCUCAACUUCCGCUUCAACGUGAUCCCUGCGUACCGAGACCAGGCGGUGGUCACUGAAGCCCUGAAGAACCUCAGCCCCGGUGUGGAACUUGAACUGGACCAGGAGCUUCCUCCUGUGGAGGAUGGAGUGUUAGUGCAUGGAAUGUUCAUGGACUCCAGUCGCUGGGAUGACAAAAACAUGGCGAUGGAGGACGCGUUGCCACGGGUGAUGAACCCAGUGCUGCCAGUGGUGCACUUUGAGCCCCAGCAGAACUACGUGCCUGAUCCAUCACUGUACCACGCUCCACUCUACAAAACCUCAGCCAGAGCCGGCACACUCUCCACUACAGGACACUCCACUAAUUUUGUGGUGACAGUGCUGUUACCAUCCAACAGGCCCAGUGACUACUGGAUCUCCAAAGCCUCAGCACUGCUCUGUCAACUCAACGAGUAACAGACGCACCU